AUGUCGACCGAUACCGUUUCACCGUUUCGUAUUUCGCUGCACGACCAGCUCGGCCUGGAACGCAAUGAGGCCUUCCGUGCCAUGCGCGAACAGCUGCGCCGCCAGGACUGCGGCAUGGAAGGUCCCAGCUUCUGUUCUGCCCAUCGCCACGAGUGCAGCUCCGCCGAGCAGGACUCUUUCCGCCUGCAUCGCGACAUCAUCCAUACUCUCCUCGUCCCACUAUUCCUGAUCAACCAUCAGGCCGGGCGCAUCGCUGCUCGUGCCCUGCCCAGCAAAAAGGGCGCCGAGCCCGAGCGAGUCUUCCGGGGCGAGGCCCGCAGUGCCUUUUCCUGGCUCAAUUGUAUUCUCACCGAAGAACACGAUUGGUAUCUGACGGCGCGGUGCCCUGCAUGCAUCGUCCUUCACGUUCUCAACUCCGAGCCUACAAUCCGCUUUGUGACCGUGGCCGCACAACUCGCCGGACCCCGUUCCGGUUUCGGCUGCUGGCUCGCAGCCCUCGAGACUGCCGUCUGCGAAGACUCCUUCUGGGGCGACUCUUUCUGGCCCGAGAUCGAGGAACGCGCUUCGCGCUUGACUGAAGGUGUGCAGGAGCUGGUUCGCCAGUGUCACGAACUGCGAGCCACCCUCGACAGCCCAGCCUGUACUCCUCCUUUGGCCAAAACCUCUGUCCCGGUCUACGAGCGCUCGACUUCCGCCUGCACUAUUGCUAUCAAGCCCUCCAGCUUUGCCCGAAAACAGGUUCGGCUCGGCCGUGAGGAGCAGCGCUACCGGUCAUCAAUGGCGCGGAACGCAUGGAACUGCUCGCGUGAGUUGCGUCAGCCGCUGGGCGGCAGCGCUCCUACCCAGUCGCGCCGACGCUCUAUGACGUCUUGA